CCUCCCUCCCUCCCUCUACUCCCCCCUCUCGCCUCACUGCAUCUGCAUCGCACUAGAAGCUGCAGCUGACACCGCCUCCUCUAUCUCCCUUCUCCCAGGUUUGGUUGUUCUCCCUCCAUCUCUUAUCUCAUUUCCGUCUCGGCUUCUGCAGUGUUCUUCACUCAUGUGAUGGAUCGCAGCUCACAAUCUCUCUCGGAGUUUGCUUCCCUAUUUCUUAAUAUUCUUCGUACCUGUCAACUCCACACUCCAUCCCCUGUAUCAUUUCGCGGUUUCGAGAGCUUGGAAUGGUCGAAAACCUGGACUAUCAAUUGACCAAUUUGGGAGCAGUAUCGUAAGCCGGACUUAUCAUGGUCGUGAACGUCAGGGCUUAUUCUGUGCCCGUCAUUCUCUGCUAUCGUAUGUUAUCCUGUCAGUAUCGGUCAAUUUUUCGUUGUGCCUCAAUACAGUACUCAACUGAAGGUAGUAGUGUGGAAUAAAUUCGUCCUUCUAGGGUUCUCCUUUCAUUUUCAGUAGCCCUCAAAUACAUACUAUAUUCAAAAACAUUAUGGUGUUUGUAGGAGUACGAGGGUGAGGAUUUCGGUUGUGGUAUUCAAUUGAACAUAGAGCAGUCUGACAGUAGUCAUAGGAGGGUAAGAUGCCAGAAACCUUCAAAGGAGAGCACACAAAACUCUGUGAGGAGCUCGAUCAGUGGCGAAGCAGGGAAUGUGUUACUUGCCUUUCUCUGGGGGGCUCUCCGACUGGUGAACAUUUCUGUGACCAUGGCCAACAUGAUGAGUUCAAGAUUGAUACACCAUUCAAUGUACUUUAUUGCUCAAAGCAGUGCGAUAAAAUGUGCCAUACUAAUACGGAUCUCAAGAAGCAUUUUUGUCGCACUCGUUACGAUCCGUCAAGUCAUGAUGGUACGCUGGCUGCCCCUCAAGUCAACACCAACAACGGGAGGAAUGGCCCGAACCCAGGUGCAGAUUUCGAAAAACCAGGAACAGAGCUUGACCUCCGAGAAGGAGGAGUCAGAUACCGAGUGAAGCUAAGGAAGUAUGUCGUGGAAUACCGGCCAUCCCGAUUCAAGUGGAAGUUGUGGAUGGGCACCUAUUCCUCGUUGCAGGACGGGCGCAGAGCUUAUGAUUGUGCAGUGUUUUAUGCCGGGCAGGGGAAAGGGAAUUAUUACUUUCGAAAUUCUCCAGAGCUGUUUAAGAAUCUGGGCCCCUUGGAACGGCCUUUUCAUAUGGUGAGCAAGGACAUCCGAGACAAACCCUUCAACGUAGAGGUGAAGAAACGCGCCAAAGAAGUCAUCAAACGGUCAGUGCGAAUUGGGGAUAUGGAGGCUCCUUCCAUCAUGGCCUCCAGAAGUGCACGAAAAGUAGUUGAGGUUGAGGGUUUUGAGAAGGAACCUGAACCGAAGGAGGUAGAUCCAACCUUCAAAGAUCUGGAGCCGCUGUUCCAUCUGCAUUCGCCGCUGUACAGCCGCGCUGAACUGAUGAUUGGCUCCAAUGGGCUCUUACGAUCAGAGAUGAUCGACUCUUCGUUUUUCGUGGCUGGUCUAAACUACAUGGACAUGCCUAAAUUCGUGCAGGAUUGCAAAAGUGACGAAUUAUGCCACUCGGACCUUCCGCUGUGGAUAUAUGAGUUCAUGAAUCCUCCUUCCUGGAUUGAUGAGAGUUAGCGGUGAUGAUGCAACCUUCUUUGCUUUGCAGACCAGCGCAGUGCAGUGUUUGAGGAUCCCAUAAUGUAAGAUUAAGGUCUGGUGGGCUUCCCUUCGGAGGCAUAGAACGUGCUGGUUGCCAUUGAAUGACGUGGCAGCAUGGAUAUAAUGCUGACUUACCAGAUUGUAAAAUGAGGUGAGAUAUAACAUUAUAGGGUGCAGCAUGUAACUCACCGGCUGUACAAAAAUAGUGCUUAGGUGGACAAAACUCUCACUAUCGUGCACUAUGACCAUUUAGUAUUUUACUUUAUGUACGUUGACCCUUGUCAUUUUUGUUGAGAGCAUUAAACCCCUCCAUAAUAUUUACUGUUUACAAUAAAUAUUAUAGCUACAGUAUUUGGAAUAUAGUGGAAAGAAACUAUUUAUCCUCUCUCCUUUUUCUUUUGUAUAUGUGAUACAACUAAAUCAAAUAGAUUGUGUGUGAAGUUCUUUCUCUCCUUA